AUGGGUGUUGGAUAUGCUGAAGAUCUCGUGGUUUGUGUAGCACUAGGCAUUGACAUGUUUGAUUGCGUCUUUCCUACUCGCACUGCAAGAUUCGGCAAUGCUCUAACAUCAAAGGGAACACUUAAUAUAAAAUCAAAUAAAUUUGCUCAUGAUUUUUCCCCGAUCGAAGAAACCUGCGACUGCAUAACAUGCAAAUCAUUUACAAGGGCUUACAUUCAUACGCUCGCCACUCGAGAAACAGUUGGUUGCCAUCUGCUCACACUUCAUAAUCUCUCGUAUCAAUUACGACUGAUGCGAAGCAUUCGUGAAGCGAUUAUUGAGGAUCGAUAUCCAGAAUUUAUUCAGAAAUUUUUUAAAGAGCUGUUUGGUGGGCGUGAAAAGUAUCCAGAGUGGGCUGUUAACGCGUUGAGAAGCGUGAAUAUUGAGUUGUUGCCAUAA